CGGCCUCCGGAGCUCCGGUGCGACAACAUGAAACUGCUCACCCACAAUCUCCUCAGCUCGCAUGUGCGGGGCGUGGGCACGCGUGGCUUCCCGCUGCGCCUGCAGGCCACCGAGGUCCGCAUCAACCCUGUGGAGUUCAACCCCGACUUCGUGGCGCGGAUGAUCCCCAAAGUGGAGUGGGCGGCGCUUGUGCAGGCAGCGGACACCUUAAACUUGGCCGAGGUACCCAAAGAGCCGACUGAAGGCUAUGAGCACGAUGAGACGUUUUUGAGGAAGAUGCACCAUGUGUUGCUUGAGGUUGAUGUGCUGGAGGGCACCCUGCAAUGCCCAGAAUCUGGUCGUCUUUUCCCCAUCAGCCGCGGGAUCCCCAAUAUGCUGUUGAAUGAUGAGGAAACCGAGACGUAACCUUGUUAGCCACAUCUUUGGUGUUUCGUGACUGUGUGUGUUAUCUGUUGUAUGGUCUGUUAACUAGAUGUGUCGUGCGUGACCCCCCAAAUUCCCCCAAUGAUUCACCAACCACCGUGUACUUGAGCUCCAUAGUAUAUUUUUUUUCUCAUUAAAGGUUCAAAACCAAAA